GUUUUGGAUGGCUUUGGCAGGCAAGGGAUGGCAACGGCAGCUACAACCCAAUAUUCGAUAUUAAAAGACUUAACAAGUUUUGGUUGACAAACAUAGAGAAGGAUUGAAUUUGAAUACUAUAAUACUACAAUACUAUAUCUGAAUGUCCUAGUUCGAAGAACAUAGUCAUCAUCAUCAUCAUCAAUCAUGGUCACACCUAACACAACCCCCUACAAACCCUCCCCUCUUUCCUUCGGCUCUCCUCGUACUUCUCCCUUUCGGCGUCCCUCCGUUGCUGCUCCUAACACGGGCAUUCGUCCCAAUACACCGGGAAGCCCUGGCAGCAAAGGGCCAACAACGCCUGUCCAGUCCCCGAGCAAACUAAAGCAGUCGCACAUUGCAGAGGAUGGAUCCGUCUUCUCAGAUAGUCAGAUAUCACCUUUAGAUUCAGUGCGCAGAGAAAUCACAUCGUCACCAACUAGGGCAUCCCACAGACAAAAUGAGAGCACAUCUUCAAUGAUGGGAUCGAAGUUGCCAGAGAGAUCAGUUGCGAACGGUGACACACUGAGCAGAUUACCACAAGCCCAACUACGUGAAAUGAGAGAGGCGUUUCAAGUUCUAGAUCGCGAUAACGACGGGAAGGUCAAUAGAGAGGAUGUUGCUGAUAUUCUACUGAACUUAGGACAAGACUCCUCCUCCGCAGCUACUUCUCUCUAUUUUCCUUCCGGAGGGCCACAGACGCUUAAUCUACACACGUAUCUAAACUCGAUUGCGAACCUGCUCGCCCCUCUUUCGUCUCCACAGGAACUCCUCAACGCCUUCGCGGCUUUUGACGAAGAUGACAGCGGCCAGAUAGAUAUGGAUGAGCUUCGCGAUGCCCUCCUUAAUACAAGCCCCGACGCAGACGAGAUUCCCCUGACAGAAAGAGAAGUCAGAGAAGUAGUUAAUGGUUUUACGGGAAGACGGGCGUUUGGAGCGAAAGGAGCAAAACCAGGAGGUUUUGGAGGAGCAGGAAAAAGAUCGGAGGUAUUUCGUUAUCAGGAAUUCGUUGAGAGUCUGACUGGCGGUACAGCAAUUGCGAGUGGUGUUGGACAGGGGCACGACAACAAAAGGGACAAUGAAUAAUGCCUGACAACAUAUUAUGUACGAAAUACCAUUUCAUGUCAUACUUGGAUGUGCAUAGGCGAAUUGGUGUAUUUGGGUUGAUCGAGUUUCAUCAUUGUUGUUUGGUUCCUACGCUUUAGGGAUUGGACCAUAUUUUCAGGGUCUUAAGCCCCACUCUAUUGUUUGAGAAAUAAAUAAUUGGAUGCAUGUCUUAUCGAAAUCUACUCUGUACAGAGCAGAGUAACCAUUGCUACAUGAACACAGCAUAUCCAGGCACAGA